AUGAAUGUGAAGAACCAGACGUUGGUCAGUGAGUUUGUUCUCUUGGGAUUUCAGAAUCUCCACUACUUCAAGAUUCCCCUGUUCUCUCUGUUCCUUCUGAUUUACAUUAUGACAGUUUGGGAGAACGUCCUCAUCAUAGUGUUGGUGUCCUCCAGCCAGAACCUCCAGUCCCCCAUGUACUUCUUUCUCCAGCAGUUGUCCUUAUGUGAUCUACUGGGAUCCUCAAAUAUUGUGACCUCUCUACUUCAAACUGUAAUAAAUGAAGAAGUCACCUUCUCCUUCUUUGGCUGUAUUACUCAGUAUUCUUUGUUUUGUCUCACAGAGGUCUUUGAGUGUUUCAUUCUAGCAGUAAUGUCCUAUGACAGAUAUGUGGCCAUCUGUAUCCCACUGAGUUACACUUCUAUAAUGUCCCACAGGGUUUGUGUUACAUUCACUUUGAUGUCAUGGGCUCUUGGCUUUGGCAUUACAGUGAUUACAGUAAAUCUAAUAGGGACACUACAGUUCUGUGACCAAAAUACCAUUAAUCAUUUCUUUUGUGAUUUAUUACCAAUUAUAGAACUUUCCUGCUCAGAUACUUUCUUAGUACAAUUAGAAGCAAUUAUAGGUACUAUCCCUGUGGCUAUUUCCCCAUUUAUACUGAUCUGUGUAUCAUAUAUGUGUAUUGCCCAUGCAAUCCUAAAGAUAGUGUCCAAUACCGGGAGACAAAAAGCCUUCUCCACCUGCAGCUCCCACUUGGCUGUAGUUGUCUUAUUUUAUGGGACUCUCAUUAGUGUAUAUGUUGUUCCCCCAGGAAAACAAUCACAGACCAUGAUCAAAGUACUGUCUGUGAUAUACACCAUAGUCAUUCCUUUGGUUAACCCACUUAUUUACAGCCUGAGAAAUAAAGACAUGAAUGCUGCCCUUAAGAAACUAUAA